AUGAAAGUGCUACUGGUCCAUGAGGACUCAUUGAGCGACAUGGAGGUGCUCCAGCUCAUGCAGGAGCGCAAAGAACAGCGGUUACACAAGUCAGCCAUGGUCGAGUAUGCCGAGCGUAAUUGGAUGGACCACAAGGUGAUCAAGUUUCUGACACAGAGUCACUCGCGCUGCUCGACGCUGAGUGCCAAUUGCAUCCAGGACUUUCUCAGGGAGCUAGCGCAGGCGGAUCUGCCACCGCUGACUGCGGCCGAAAAGCUGCAGUUCGUCAAUCAUAUUCCCAUGGAGCUCGUGGACAUUCAUUUGAUCGUAGAAGACUGCGCUGGACGCUAUUCCGAGACGCAGGUGGACACUCUCAUCCAAAUCGUUGAACGCACGUUAGCAGCCGAGCUCAUUAGGCAGCAACGAAAUGCUGAAGCGAUGCAGACAGAAGACGCAGUCCAGGAGGCAGGAGACAAACAGUAG